GGCGAGCGGAGCCGGCCGGAGCGGGCCGGGCAGCGGCCGCCGCCGUCCCGGGGCGCGCGGGCGGGAGGAUGGAGCUGAACUCCCUGUUGAUCCUGCUGGAGGCGGCCGAGUACCUGGAGCGCAGGGACCGAGAGGCCGAGCACGGCUACGCCUCGGUGCUGCCCUUCGACGGCGACUUCGCCAGGAAGAAAACAAAGGCGGCCGGCCUGGUGCGCAAGGCCCCAAACAACAGGUCUUCACACAACGAACUAGAAAAGCACAGACGAGCCAAACUCAGGCUGUACUUGGAGCAGCUCAAGCAGCUGGUGCCCCUGGGCCCUGAUAGCACCCGCCACACCACGCUGAGCCUCCUGAAGCGUGCCAAGAUGCACAUCAAGAAACUGGAGGAGCAGGACCGCCGGGCGCUGAGCAUCAAGGAGCAGCUGCAGCGGGAGCACCGCUUUCUCAAGCGGCGCCUGGAGCAGCUGUCGGUGCAGAGCGUGGAGCGUGUGCGCACGGACAGCACCGGCUCCGCCGUCUCCACGGAUGACUCGGAGCAAGAAGUGGACAUAGAGGGCAUGGAGUUUGGCCCUGGAGAGCUGGACAGUGUUGGCAGCAGCAGUGACGCCGAUGACCACUACAGCCUGCAGAGCAGUGGCUGCAGCGAUGGCAGCUAUGGGCCCCCAUGCCGGCGGCCUGGCCGCCCCGGCCUCUCGUAGGCCCCAUGCCCUCUGCUCCUUGGCCUGCCUGCCCACCUGGCCACGUGUGUUGCCCUCCAGUCCUCCCUCAACCAAUGCCAGCCUCUCCACGGGCCCACUGCUGUGCCAUUCUGGAAGCUCCAGCUGCUGCCUGGGCUGCCCGUCUCCACCCGCCUGCUGGUCAGGGCCCACUGAGCCGCCCGCCCCUCCCAGCUGGCAAGGCCCCCUGCAGGGAGGCAGGGCCCAGCUUCCACAUCCCGGAGCCCAGCGUAGCCGCCCACGGUCUGUUCUAAUUCCUAAUCAUUCCAGAAGUAUUAAAUGUCAUUGCUGCAAACCUCGGCAGGGGCCGUGUGAAGGGCUUAAUGACCACCGCGGGGAGCUCAGGCCCCAACCCUGGAACUCAGGAGAAAGGAGUGGACCGAGGAAGGAAGUCACGGCUGUCUGUCCAUUCAUCCAUCCAUCAGUCCCUGUAGGCUUCUGAAGCAUGGACAGAGGGAUCCGUGAAGGGCGGGACUUGGGUGAGCACCGUGGGGCAGGUGGGUGGAUGCGGGCCUUCCCACCCUGCAGGUUUCAGGAGCCAGGGCUGGACUGCUGGGGGCAGGCUGGGCCACCCUACCCCAAGCUGGCUGGCUUCCACUGUGUUAGGACCGUCAGGCUUACACAUGCGUGUACCCAGGCACAUGCCCCCACACCCACAUGCAUACACAUACGCAGACACACGUGGGCAGCCAGAGGGCACAUGUCCUGGGGAGGUUGGCCUUCAAGGGUCACCUAGGCAAAUGUGGCCCCUGGCCUGUGCCUGCCCAAAUGGCCCUUCCUGGUCUACACAGGAGAGGGGCUUUUCCUCCCGGCAGGGGCCCAUGUGAGCUCGGCUGGUGAGUUGCAACCACUGGGUCCUCAGGGGCUUUCUCAUCUCCCUUAAAAAAAAACAAAAUGCAGCACUGCCCAGCAGCCCCGCAGGGCUCCAUGCAAGUCCUGCCUGUGCCGCCUCAGCUGUAGAGAGGCUGUUCCCAAAAAAUUUUUAAAAAGAAAAAAGCUCUAAAGACUUUUGGCCAAGGGAUGUUAGUGUGUGCUGCCUCUCUUUCCUGUACGAGAUUUUUGUAUUCUAUUUUCCUAGCCGUUGUUACGUCCUUGUUUGCCGAGGGGUGGGAGCAACCCAGCGUCUCAGGGACCCGUCCCUCUGUCGGUCGUCAUAGUGUGCCUUGUGUCCCGUGUCUGGUCCUGCCCCCUUCACCAGCAUGUCCCGCGUGGGUCCCAGGAUGCCCCAGGCCUGCCUGGAAGGUGCCCUCCUCAACCCUCUCCAGGGUGCAGUCCCAGCAGCCACAGCUUCCUGGCUACAAAUGACACGUAGAGGCCUGUGUGGGCAGUGUGGCUGCUUUCUGUCACCGGCAGGAGGGGCGGUGACCUGGCUCCAAGUGUUGCCCUUUCCAGAGGCUGGCAGGGAAUACCCACUGUGCAGCCUGGGGGCAGCAGACCAAUUGGGCGGGGCUUGCUUGCUAACCAGAGAAGUAGAUUCUCACCUGUAACCCACCUUGAAUGCCCCUGCUCCCUGGCCUGGGGCAAGGGCUCCAGGGUUCAGACUUUGGCAGCUGACAAGACAGUGUUCACCCUGGGUGGUACAGGCCUGGUGUAAGGAGACUCUAGCUGGCCUGAAAUCCUUUGUCCCUGGGGACCACACAGCAAUACUUGGGGGCGGGCCGUGGGGCUGACCCCCAGCGGUGCCUGCCACCUCCUCCGGUGCAUUUGUAACCAAUUUCCAAAUCGUGAGGGAGAAUUCAUGUUUAUCUUUAGUCAUGCUGAUGGACACCCCACCGUGGGUGGCCUAUCAAGGCAGAAGGGGCCCUGGAAACAGCUCUGGCACAGAACCUGCCCUGCGGGGCUUGGAUGACAGGCCAGGGGGUACAUGGAGUUGGGAGUCUGUCCAAAUGUUUUGCUGGCUGGUUGUGAGGAAAACUGUCUCCUUCCAGCCCUGCGGGGGGAUUAGGAGCGCCUAGAAAGGGUCUUCUGCCGUCUGCCUGAGCAUGUCCACCCAGCAUUCCUUUCAAGCGCCCCAGCACCCUUGGAGCAGAGCAGGAGCACCCAAGUUUGAGAGCUGGCUUGGGGAACCAGUCCUCAGGGGGCCCUAGGACGGUCUGUGCUCUGAAUUCUUAAGCAUCAGCUCCCCUCUCUACCCCACACUUGGCACAGAAUCUCUACCCCCACACCUCUAGGCAGCAGAAUCCAACCCACUGCCAGCCGUGGCCCCCCUUGGCUGACCUUCCUGGCGGCUCAGUGUGGCUUUCCAGGCUGUGGCUCCCCUGUGGACUGGGGUGUUGACCUCACCGGCCACCCAGGGUUGCUAUCUGGCUGCCCUCCCUGCCCCCAGGAGCUGUGUGAGGGGUGGUUGUCCCUGAUGUAGGGGCUGGUGCUAAGUUACUCACAUAUCCCUGUCCCCCGCCAGCUCCUACCUGCCAUUUGCAUGGGCUGGCCAUUACUGGUGGCCACAAGGACCCAUGGGGAAUGUUGUGCCUGUGGAAAGCAAAUGGGACUGCAACAGGGCCACUGGGGGUGUAUGUGCCCUCUGUAUGAGCCCUCCCAUGCCCAUGUGGGCCACUGUGGUGCUCCGUGGCUGAAGUUCUGGAACCCCAGGCUUAGGUUUGGGUCCCCCACCCUACUGGGAGGCAGCCCCCACUGCCCUCAUGCAGCCCCAGCUGGCAGAGGAGGGAAGGGUGCAGGAAGGCUUUCCUUCCACAGCCCCCAUCUCAUGACAGCAUGCUCGAGCCUGUACUCCUGGGCUGAGCAGCCAGGCAACCAACUGAGGGCCGCUCCCCUCCUGUCUGCCCCAGACACUCCCCGUCCACUGGGCUGGGCAGGCUCUCCUACCACCUGCCUCUCUCUGGUCAGCCAACUGGGGUCCUCCUCCUCACUACCUGCACAGAGGAUUCUGACCUCUGGCCAGCAAGUUGCCUCCCGGGCCCGAAUCUAGGGCACUAGGGCAGGUUCCGUGCCAGAGUCUGCGGCCACACAGGGGCCUGGUGCUGGAGAGGUGGGUGUGUUACAAGAUCCGCGCUGGAGAGUGAAACGGGGCCCCCACCCACCUGUCCACUGGUGGGGCUGUGCUGUGUCAUUCUGUCAUUGUAAUAUAAAUACAGAUUUUUAU